AUGAAGGUUUUUUCCGUGUCGGUUUGGGCCUCUCUUUUGGCCUGCGUGCUGGCUCUGCCAGCUCGCCAGGGGUCUUCUCCCGUGAUAAACGGUCGAGCAGCCUCACCAACUGUCGUCCUCUCCCCGUCCAACACCCUCGUUGGGCUGGCGAGCGGUGAUGUUGAAAAAUUUGCAGGCAUCCCGUUUGCAGACCCACCCACUGGGUCUCUACGACUCAAGCCGCCCAAGAAGUUAUCGACGAAUCUUGGCGAUGCCUAUGAUGCCAUCAACCCAGCGGCAGCCUGUCCACAGAUGCUUGUCUCGUCAGGCGAGAACCAGAGCCUGUUCCUUCAGGUUCUUGGUGAUCUUGUCAGCCUGCCGAUCAUCCAGGCAGCAACAAACCAGAGCGAGGACUGCCUGACAGUCAGCGUGAUCCGCCCAGCGGGCGUGACAGCUGGCGCGAAUCUGCCAGUUCUAUAUUGGAUCUUCGGGGGCGCGUUCGAGCUUGGAUGGGCUGCCAUGUACGAUGGAACAGACCUGCUAGACCAAGCUAUCAGCCAAGACCAGCCUUUCAUCUUCGUUGCGGUCAACUAUCGUGUCGCUGGAUUCGGCUUCAUGCCCGGCAAGGAGAUCCUAGCCGAUGGAUCUUCCAACCUGGGUCUCCUUGACCAGAGGUUGGCUCUGGAGUGGGUAGCUGACAAUAUCGAGGCUUUCGGAGGCGAUCCUACGAAGGUGACGUUGUGGGGCGAGUCCGCGGGUGCUAUCAGUGUCUUUGACCAGAUGGCUCUGUAUGGGGGCGAUAAUACUUACAACGGCAAACCACUAUUCCGAGGAGCUAUCAUGGACUCUGGUAGCAUUGUCCCUGCGGACCCGGUGGACUGCCCCAAGGGACAGCUCGUCUACGACACUGUUGUACAAACAGGAGGCUGCUCCGGAGCGAGUGACACCUUGGAGUGUCUCCGCGCUCUCCCGUAUGACAAAUUUCUGAACGCAGCCAAUUCAGUCCCAAGUUUCCUUGGAUAUCAAUCCGUGGCUCUCUCAUACCUCCCAAGGCCAGACGGCACAGUGCUUCCCGACAGCCCCGACGUGCUGGCUACUCAGGGCCGAUACGCCGCAGUACCCAUGAUCAACGGUGACCAAGAGGACGAGGGAACCAUAUUCACACUCUUCACCUCUAAUCUGACCACCACUCAGGAGCUUCUGGAGUACUUGGCGACUUAUUACUUUACCGGUGCCACGACUGAGCAAUUGGAAGCCCUGCUCGAGACCUACCCCCAGGACAUCACACAGGGCUCACCGUUCAGGACCUCCCUCCUCAAUGAGUUGUACCCCCAGUUCAAGCGAAUCUCCGCAUUGCUUGGAGAUCUGGUCUUCACCCUCUCUCGUCGCGGUUUCCUUGAUGUCACCAAUGCUGUCAACCCAAGCGUUCCGUCAUGGAGCUACCUGGCAAGCUACAACUACGGAACUCCCUUCCUGGGAACGUUCCACGGGAGUGACCUGCUGCAAGUGUUCUUCGGAAUCUAUGACAACUACGCCGCGAAGAGUAUACGGACGUACUACUACAACUUCUUGUACAGCCUCGACCCUAAUGUCGGCUACGGAAGUUAUCCAAACUGGCCGCAGUGGAAAGACACGGGCAGCGGGAAUCAGCUGGUCCAAUUUUAUGCCCUGUCACAGAACUACCUGGCUGAUGAUUUCCGGAACGAUUCUUAUACCUUUAUCAGGGAGAACAUUAAUUCGCUUCACAUCUAG